AUGCCACCCCGCCAAACUUACGGCAAGCGAUCUCGAGCGGUAUAUGAUCCGCAUGCGGUGUUGGCUAGCCCUGCGCGAAAGUCCCCGGCCGCGGCGGAGGUGAGCGUUGCGGAGGUGGUGGAGGAGUUGGGGCUAUUGAGUUUUGGAGAUGAAGUGAAGGGCAGUGGCGGGAGGAGAAAGAGGGGGGUCUUGGGGGAGGUGAGCGUUAAUGUUGAUGUUGGGAUGGAGAGGAGUUUGGGUUUGAGUGAGGACGGGGGAAAGAAGGGUCAGGGAGGGAGGAGGGAGGUUGUACUUUACGAAGAAGCUGGCCAUUCAGCCGUGGAAGAAGACCAUGACGACUCCCUCGAACUGAUUGGAAUCUCCUCACACGACAUGAUCAGCUUCCAAGAAUGGGCAGAUCAACUGUGCGCCCACUUCGAACUCACAAAGAUCGCAGAGGCAUCUUUUGGCGAAGUCUACCGUCUCUCAUUGCGCGAGAGGAUAUCUGGAAUCGACCGCAGCGACGAGUCGGUGUUCAAAAUCAUCGCCCUACGUCCCUCGGAAAGUACUUUUCGUUCGAAGCGGAAACCUGCGACGAGUGCAAGACAGACAACCAGCAUGAGUUCUCCUGCAGACGUCGCGAAUGAAGUCAAACUCCUCCAACGAAUGAGCGCGAUUCCUGGGUUUACCAAUUUCCGCGACCUUCGAAUCGUCCAGGGUCGACCGCCCGCCGUAUUUGCACAGGCGUACAAAGCUUUCAACGCUGCGCAGCAAGCGAGAAACAAAGAUCUCAGCCAUUUCCCCGACCCUGGAAAGAGGGCAAGCUACGCUUCCGACCAGUUGUGGGCCGUGAUUGAAAUGCAAGAUGCCGGCAUCGAUCUCGAACGGCUAGUGGAGCAGCGACAAUCCAGUACGUCCAUCUUCUUCGUCUGGGAUGUGUUUUGGCAAGUCGUGCUUUCCUUAGCAAAGGGGGAAGAGGGCGCGGAGUUCGAGCACCGCGACCUGCAUCUGGGGAACAUCUGCGUGCAUCUACCUGCUGCGAAUAACGACGGGCCAAUCGAUGCGAAGCGCAAAUUGAACUUCACGGACGUGGAAACGACCAUCAUCGACUACACCAUUUCUCGCUGCCGCAUGCAGGACGACAACAUCGCGUACCACGACCUCGCACGCGACUCGGCGCUCUUCGAAGGCGACAGUUCGGAGGAAUAUCAGUACGACAUCUACCGCUACAUGCGCGGCGCAGCACUCUGUGGCGAUCCAUACGCCGCUCAUUUUCCCGCGGAAAGCGAAGACGGCCGCUGGAUGCAUUACCACCCCAUCACCAAUCUCAUCUGGCUGCACUACAUCCUCUACAAACUCCUCGAGCAAGUCGCUUGGCCUAGCGCAGAGCGAGCGCCUUCACGAAAGCGGAAAGAGGAGUAUGCGCGUUGGAAGCGUGGGAACGAUUUGGAGUAUAUUCUUCUCUCUUUGCAGGAUUUACUUGAUCCCGGGAGGUUGUGCGAGGCGGGGGAGUUGGGGUUUGCGAGUGAUUUGGUCGGGCUGGCGUUGGAGGAGGGGUGGCUUGAUGUGGAGGAUGUGGUUGGAGGGGCUGUUGAGGAGGAGGAGGUGGAAGACGGGGGAGUCAGCGGGUUGUUUGAGCAGUUGGAAAGACUGAACCUCGCGGCCGAAUGA